GAGGCGAGGAGAGCGCGCCCGCUGCUUCCCGGUGCUGCCCGGUGCGGCCCCGUCCCGCCGCCGCGCAAGGAUGCUGGUGAAGGCGGAGGUCCUGGCGCCGCCCGCCGAGGACGAGCUGCUGCUGCUGGGGCUGGGCUCGCCCGCCCCCUCGCCCUCGCUGCCGUCCAGCGCCGAGGAGGAGGAGGAAGAGGAGGAGGAGGAGGAGGAGGAGCUGCGCGCCGCCCCGCCGGCCCGGCCCGCCGAGGCUCCGGGCGGCCGCGGGCUGCGGCGGGCGGAGGGGAAGCGGCGGCCGGGGCGGGCCCGGGGCGCCCCGCGGGCGGCGCGCACGGCGGAGACGGCGCAGCGCAUCAAGCGGAGCCGGCGGCUCAAGGCCAACAACCGCGAGCGCAACCGGAUGCACAACCUGAACGCGGCGCUGGACGCCCUCCGCGACGUGCUGCCCACCUUCCCCGAGGACGCCAAGCUCACCAAGAUCGAGACGCUCCGCUUCGCCCACAACUACAUCUGGGCGCUCACCGAGACCCUGCGGCUGGCCGGGGCGGCGCGGCUCGGCCCCGACGGCGCGGCGGCGGUGCCCGCCGAGGGCAGCCCCUCGCCCGCUUCCUCCUGGAGCGGCGGCGCCGCCAGCCCCGCGCCCUCCGCCUCCCCGUACGCCUGCACUUUAUCGCCCGCCAGCCCCGCGGGCUCCGCCUCGGAUCCCGAGCACUGGCCGGGCCGCUUCGCCCCGGGGCCGCCGCCGCCGCUGCCCCGCCGCUGCCUCUAGCCCGGCCCGGCGCUCCCCCCGGGGCGGCGCGGCAUCUGCCCGCUUCCCAGGGCAGGGCGGGCUGUGGGAACGGCACCUGCCAAACCAAACUUUCCGUCUCUCUCUCUCUGUCUCUCUCUCUCUCUCGCCGAUGUGCACUUUGUCCAGUUUUCCCAGAUCUGUCACCGCGGGGCUUUUGUGUGUGUGUCCCCCCCUUUUCCCCGCUCCCCUCUUUGCCAUCUGUCCCUUAUGAUUUACAGGCGGGAGGGGGGCGCAAAGCGAGGGGAAAAAAAAAAAAAAAAAAAAAAAAAGUAAAUUGUUUUGUUAGGGGUCCAGGUUAGAAGUCAUUGUAUAAUUUGUAGGCUUUGUGAGGGCUGAAUGCAAGCGUGGAAAUUUAGGCUGAACUCUCUAUCAAAAGGGGAAAAAAAAAUCGGGAGGGGGGGAAUGGGGAAGGAUCUCCUCAUACAUUAUUUAUUUCGACCUUUAGGGGACAAGGAACUCCCCCCUUCUUUCAGGAGAUUAAAAAUAAAUCAACAGACUGAAAACCUCAACAGACACGGAACAUUACAGCGAUCAGCCACACACGUGUUCACAUUUAUUUAUUAUAAAGACAGAUUUCAUGGAAAAUAUGUAUUUUUUUGUAUAAUUUACAGAGUUUAUUCUAGUAUGUAUUUACCGCUGAAGAGCAAAGGAAUUGUCCUUGUGAUAAAAUAUAAAUAAAAAGCUCUAAUUUUCGUAACUUUGGGGUUGUGGCUUUUCCUGCUUUAUGUGCCAGUGACUGGGAAUUACAGAAUCUUGUCUCUGGUGAAACCAAGGUCCAGUGGGCCUGGUGUCAUUGGGUCCGUGGGCAAGUGUUUCUUUGGGAAACAGCAUUAGAGAGAGAGGGGGGAGAGAGAGAGAGAGAGAGAGAGGGAAGUUCAGUGGAAGUUUACUGAUCAUUUACCUUUGGCUCUCAGUACAGAAGAUGCAGGAUGAAUGAAUGGAUGGAUGGAUGGAUGGAUGGAUGGAUGGAUGGAUGGAUAAAGAGUUUUCACACUUCAGGGUGAGGCAUUUCACAAGAAAGCUGUAGGAAAUAAAUGUUAUGGAGGAAAAAACGCGCGGGUUAAAAGAGGAAGAAUUUCCUCUGUGUGAGGGUCAGAUGAAUUCCAGGUCGCAGGCAAUUCCAGGGGGUUCGGUUCAGCGUGCACAGCACACAGCCAGGGAUGUCAGCAUGGAGGGGGAUGCUGGAGGCUGCCCAGGCCCUUCAAUCAUCAUCCCCGUGCUCCCGGGAGCACUUUGUGACUUCUGGGUGCAAACACUUGGAAAUCAUUAAAAACCAGCAGAGCGCCUGAGUGUAUUAAUUAAAUAAAAUGCUCAGCACGCGAAUCCCGCCCGGUGCCCUCCGGAUCCUGGGAGCGUGAAACCCGGCCCUCGGAGCGACGUCCGCGAAAGGAAAGGCGGGGGAAAGAGAAAAAGAAGCCCAAAAUGUGUGAAAAGAGAAUUAGUGAAAUUAGGUUAGGCCAAUAAACCGCGCGGGGGUCCCCCCGGCCCCGCAGCCUCGGGCGAGCAGUGCUAUCUAGCCUGAUCUAUUGUUUCCCCCCCUGGCAGGGGGGUUAUUGUGUGAUAAAUAAUUCCCUAAAAAAAAAAAAGGGAAAAAAAAAGUGGGAGCAUUUGCAUAAUCACUCGCUUUGAUGUGGCCAGCAAGAUGAAGCUGUGUUCCCCCAAAUCUGCCACGGGCCAGGAGGAACAAAACAAGAGGGAGCCUUUCACGGCGCUGGCGGUGUGUGGGGCGGCCCUUGAGGAGCGGGGUUUUCACUCUCGCUCGCUUUUAACGACCCCUUUUAAUGACUAAACUCCAGGAAUGCCAAAAAGAAGCCGAGCGCGCUCUCUCCGUCUUUUCUGGUCGGGUUUCAUUGUCCUUCCUGGUUUCUCUCCUUUUCUAAGAGACACUGGAGUAGGUGCCUUCGGCUCUCCAAAAGGCCGGGAUGGACGGGGUGCGCUUCUCCCUCGGCGCUGGAGCCCCGCAGGAGCAGGAGGGACAUCCCGGCUGGCUCGGC